AUGGAACAGAACAACCAGACUGUGGUGAGAGAAUUCAUGUUACUGGGAUUCACUAGUCAAUGGGUGGUGAAGAUGUCCCUAUUCCUGGUCUUUCUAAUCAUCUACACCACAUCCCUGAUUGCAAAUUCCCUCAUUGUUGCAUUGACACUGCUGGAUCCUCAACUCCACACACCUAUGUACUUUUUCCUCUGCAACUUGUCCUUCCUGGAGGUCUCCUACACUUCGGUCACUGUCCCAAAGAUGCUCUCCAAUUUCCUGUCCAGGAGACCCAGCAUCACUGUGGGUGGCUGCAUUGCUCAAUAUUACUUCUUUUUCUCUCUAGGGGCCACCGAAUGCUUCCUUUUGGCCGCCAUGGCCUAUGACCGAUAUUUGGCCAUAUGUAAUCCAUUGCAGUACAGCGGUCUCAUGAACCACAGGCUCUCUCUCAACCUGGCCAUUGCCUGUUGGGUCUGUGGCUUCCUCUCCCCCUUGCUGCCUACACUCAUGAUUUCCAAGCUCCCCUUCUGUGGCCCUGACCAGAUAAACCAUUUCUUCUGUGAUGCAGACCCGCUCUUCCAACUUUCUUGUGCCGACACUUAUAUCCAGCAAGUGGCCGGAUACACACUCACCUCUGUUGUGAUCCUGUGCUCCUUCACAUUCACCAUAGUUUCUUAUGUGCACAUUGUGGCUGCGCUCCUCAAGAUGUCUUCAGGUAAGGAGUGGAAAAAGCCCUUCUCCACCUGUGCAUCCCACCUCACUGUGGUUUCCAUCUAUUAUGGGACCAUUAUUUUCAUGUAUGUCCGGCCAGGGGUCAAUAAGUCAUUCAACCUAGGCAAAGUAGUGUCAGUGUUUUACACAGUGGUCACCCCCUUGAUAAAUCCCAUAAUUUAUAGUCUCAGGAACAGGGAGAUUAAAAAGGCUCUGAGAAAAGCCCUAAUUACCAUAGGGCAGCACUAG